AGAGAAGGGAAGUGUUGUCUAUAAGGAAGGCGUCUUCGCACUUAUGGUGUUGACCUACAACAUUGUUUUCAAAGUAUUACACUUUUCCGACAAUUGGACUUAGAUUCUUAUUUUUCGAUCUGACAACCUCUUCUCUAUACUAGAGUAUCGCGAAAUUUCUUACAUAAAGAUCUCAGACGAUUCUUCACAGUCUCCAACUUGGUUUCAAACCACGCACCAUCUCAUCCAACUACCCAUCAUCCACUAACAUGAAUCUCGGCUCAUGGGAUGGAAUCUCUACUAUGUCUAUUGUUUUUGUUGCAAUCGGUGGCGUGAUAGCCGUUCUCAGCCUCAUAAUUCUCGCCGCUACCAUUAUGGGCAUUCCAAACCGCAGGAGGCGACAAGACGACAAGGGAAAUUUUUCGUCAGAAGAGAUGGAAAGGGACAGCAUAGAUUUUGAACUCCUAGAGAAGGAUAUUAUCGAGGUUACUGUAACAAGGAUGCCGAGUACAUCGCACAGUAGCCCAUCUCACGGCACAUAUGCUCCACGAAUGCCGUCAAUACCGGUGUGUGAGUGGUUUACAAGGGAUCGAUCCGUCCCGAAAUCGUUGCAAUCGACCUGAUUGCCUGUGUCUCUACACCUAAUAUCGAUGGUCUCACACGAUGUCAUUUGGGCGCCUUGCCUGGGUUACUGUCAGACGGAGUUAAUAUGAUUCCUAACAGCGUGGUUACUAUUCCGUUCCAUAUUCGACCGGAUUCCGCGGUCAGCGCUUCGGUACCUUAUUGUGGCUUGGAGAUCGGAGUUAGGUGUUAUGACCGAUAUGUAGUAUUUCGCUUAUGGAUCCGUAUCCAUCGCCUCCAUCUGUUGUUAUUCGUCCAAAAGUCAGUCGAGUUACAUAAGCACAAUCCGAUCUCGGGCUGAGUUUCUUGCUGCCUUGUGGCUAUGCGCGCUUUCUUCAUCCGCGG